UCAGCAGACUUUUAUAGUCGGCGGAUGAGGGCGCCUCACCGCAGUUAGACACCCACAUACUUUCUCUCUGCGCGUCCAUUUGAACGAGACUAGAUGAUGAGCGCCAAAUAAGACGAAACCCGUCCACAGGAAAAAAAAAGUUCGCUCCCGACUCAGUUUUUCGGUGAUGUGAAAACCUCGAGUGGAGGAGAUCUGUACAGGACACGGGCCGAAGGGAAAACUGCAGGAUUCGUGCCUGUUGGAGCUCGCGCUGACCAUCAAAUGACCAACUUCUGAAAAGUCGAUCUGGGCUGUUCUUGCAGUUUCUCAGCUCGAAACUUCGCAACAACAUCAUGGCUGUCUUGCUCUCCUCCAACCUUUGUCUCAUACUCCUGGUUUCUGCUUUGGAUUGGCUGCCCACUCCUGCAUCUGCAUUUCUCAUUGACUGGGACCGCACAACAUCAUCAGCUACCCUUGGACCUCACUUCACAGACUGCAUCUCAAGGGACCAGGAGACUUUCCGCUGCUGGUGGAGUCCAGGCAGCCUCCAAAACCUGUCCUCUCCUGGAGCACUGAGAGUAUUUUACCUAAAGAAAGAUUCCCCCACCAGUGCAUGGAAGGAAUGUCCCGAGUACAUCCAUGAAAACAGAGAGUGCUUCUUUGAUGCCAACCAUACAUCUGUUUGGAUCCCCUACUGUGUUCAGCUUCGUGGCCAAAACGUCACCUAUUUCAAUGAAGACGACUGCUUCACAGUGGAAAAUAUAGUGCGUCCUGACCCGCCCGUGUCUUUAAACUGGACCCUGCUGAACAUAAGCCCCUCUGGCCUCAAUUACGAUGUCUUAGUCAGCUGGAAGCCCCCGCCCUCUGCAGACGUUGGCGUGGGCUGGAUGCGCAUUGAGUAUGAAAUCCAGUACAGAGAGAGGAACGCCACCAACUGGGAAGCACUGGAGAAGCAGCCGCACACCCAGCAGACGAUCUACGGCCUGCAAAUAGGAAAAGAGUACGAAGUGCACAUCCGCUCCAGGAUGCAGGCCUUUGUGAAGUUUGGAGAGUUCAGCGACUCCAUCUUCAUUGAAGUUACGGAAAUUCCCAGCAAAGAUUACACUGUCCCACUCACUUUGGUUCUCAUUUUUGGGGUCGUGGGGGUCCUGACUGUCAUCAUGCUGAUAGUCAUUUCUCAGCAGCAAAGAAUAAUGAUGAUUCUCUUGCCGCCUGUUCCUGCACCCAAAAUCAAAGGCAUUGAUUCAGAAUUGUUGAAGAAGGGGAAACUGGAGGAGUUGAAUUUUAUCCUGAAUGGUGGGGGUGUGGACGGCCUGCCAGCCUAUGCAACAGAUUUCUACCAAGAAGAGCCAUGGGUGGAGUUCAUUGAGGUGGAUGAAGAGGAUGCGGAAGGUGGAGACAAGGAAGACAACUAUAAUUCAGACACUCAGAGGCUCCUUGGUCUCCCACACAGGAAUAUAGAGGGUUUCAGCGCCAUUAGCCACCCUGACGAUGACUCAGGCCGGGCCAGCUGUUACGACACAGAUCUGCCGGAACAUGACACUCAGAGACUCAUGGCGUCCCUGCUGCCGGGCCAACCUGAGGACAACGAAACCUGCCUGGACGCCCCAGCUUCAGAGACGGGUGAAAAACCCCUCAUCCAAACUCAAAUCGGGGGACCACAGACUUGGGUCAACACAGACUUAUAUGCCCAGGUCAGCAAUGUUAUGCCAUCUGGGGGGGUUGUGCUGUCCCCUGGCCAGCAACCUAAAAUCCAGGAGAACACCUCAGGUUCAGAGCGGGAAACACAGAAAGGAGGAAAGCAAAAUGAAGAUGUUGAGGGCAUCAAGGAGCAGAAGAGAAAUGAGCCCCAGUUUCAGCUGUUUGUAGUGGUUCCAGAGGGAGGCGGCUACACCGCCGAGAACAACACCCAGCAGACCAGCACUCCUCCCAGCACUUCGGUGCCUGGGGCAGGGUACCAAACCAUACAGCCUCAGCCAAUGGAGACCAAACCUGCAGCCACGGGAGACGCCAACGAGUCCCCGUAUAUUCUCCCUGAGCCUUCCCAGCCUCAGCUCUUUACCCCUGUUGCAGACUACACAGUGGUGCAGGAGUUGGACACGCAUCGCAGUCUGCUCCUUAACCCGCCUCCCAGCCAAUCUCCCUCUUUGUGCCAGCCACAGCAUCCCCUCAAAGUCCCAAUGCCUGUUGGGUACGUCACCCCCGACCUGCUGGGGAAUCUCACACCAUGAGCGGACAGGACCGUCAGACCUUAACUACAGGUACAGGCUUAUUGGACAGGACGUCAAUAUGAAGUCGCCCGACCUGAUUCCCGAUGACAACCAAAAAAAAAA